UACGCCGACCCGACGAAUGCCAUCCCGGACGCUACUGCUUCCGAUUACCUCGAGUGCUUCCGUGAGGUAUUAAACAGUGCACACGACGACGUGUCCAGCAUUGUGAGUUCAUUCCAGCAACACAAGGGGGACACCUUUCGCUUGGAGAUAGCAGUGAAAAUCCAAGUCAUUCGGAAGUCACGCGUGAUGGUGUACACGUUCGACCUGAACCCGAUAUCUCUGGAGCGGGUGGACGUACUUGAAGCGAAGGUUAAAGACCUCCAAGGAGAAGUGGAAGCGCUUCGUCUCGACGCCCAGGAGACCGGAAAGGACAACUACUACGUGAUGCACGAGAUUCAAAAGGAGCUUUCAUCAUUUCGCGAGGAUUUGGAGAGUCGGAGUGUGAUAAUUUCCGCCCUUCGAGACGAGUUGAAGGCGUUCCGCACCCAGCACGAAACUCUACCCAACCUACAACUUCACAGCUACAGCUAA